AUGGCUGCUCGAGGACCACCAGGCUCCCGUGCUGGAAAUUCACGAUUUGCGCAGUUUAAACUGGUGUUACUUGGGGAGUCUGCCGUCGGAAAGAGCUCGUUGGUAUUACGUUUCGUUAAGGAUCAAUUCGAUGAUUAUCGCGAGAGUACUAUCGGCGCAGCUUUCUUAACUCAAACAAUCUCCCUCGACGAAAAUACCACAGUCAAAUUCGAAAUAUGGGAUACUGCAGGUCAAGAGAGAUACAAAUCGCUGGCGCCCAUGUAUUACCGAAAUGCCAACUGUGCUGUUGUUGUUUAUGAUAUUACACAAGCUUCCUCAUUGGAUAAAGCCAAAUCUUGGGUGAAAGAACUUCAACGACAAGCAAACGAGAAUAUCAUCAUCGCUCUGGCCGGAAACAAGCUCGAUUUAGUCACGGAACACCCGGAUAAACGUGCUAUCACCACUGAAGACGCUUCGAAUUAUGCGAGGGAAGCCGGUUUACUAUUCUUUGAAACUUCCGCCAAAACCUCCGAGAACGUGAGAGAAUUAUUCACGGCCAUUGCAAAGAAACUGCCGUUAGAUCAAGCCGGUCCAAGAAAUCCGAGAGCUGGUGGUCCACGAGGAACAGGUGUUGAUCUCAGGCCCGAGGCGCCAGGAACACAAUCAGGUCCAGGAUGUGCCUGUUAG